AUGGCCACCACCACGAAGCCGAAGACCGGCAUCAAGGUCGUCGUUGUGGGAGCAGGCUUCGGCGGCCUCACUGCAGCCAUAGAAUGCCACCGCCACGGUCAUGAUGUCGAGGUCUACGAGUCCUUUCCGGAACUCAAGGUCCUCGGCGAUAUCAUCUCGUUUGGCUCCAACGGCGGCCGCAUUUUCUACCGCUGGGGGAAUCACCCCGGCGAGAUAUCGGACCGCCUACGGAAGCUCAGCAUUGACCUGAGUGAGUAUGGCUUCCGCAUCCACAAGUACGACACGGGAGAGGUCAUGUUUCACCAAAAGACCCCCAGCCCAAAUAAAGAGGCACCCGUGUUCAACGGCCACCGGGGCGAGCUCCACCAGGUGGUCUUCGACUAUGCGAGGGACGAGCUGGGGAUCCCCAUCCACCUAGGUGAAAACGUUGCUGAAUAUUUCGAGACCGACGACAAGGCCGGAAUCAUCCUGAAGGGUGGUGAGCGGAUUGUUGCAGAUGUGGUGGUCGGGGCAGACGGUGUUCGGUCCAAAGCCAGGGAGCUCGUGCUCGGAUACGAGGACAAGCCCAAGAGCAGCGGCUAUGCAGUCUGGAGAGCAUGGUUUCCCAACACAGACAUGAUCAAGGAUCCCCGCACCAAGGAAUUCUGCGAGAAUGGGGACACCUUCAAUGGCUGGAUUGGACCCGACGUGCAUUUCCUCUUCUCAACCAUCAAGAACGGCUCCGACUGCUGCUGGGUGCUCACGCACAAAGACGAGCACGACAUCGACGAGUCGUGGUCGUUCCCAGGCAAGCUGGAGGAAGUGUACGAGGUCCUCGAAGGCUGGGACCCCAUUUGCAAAGCCAUCGUUGAGAAGACCCCCAGCCUGGUUGACUGGAAGCUCGUCUACCGUGACCCCCUGCCUACUUGGGUGAGCAACAAGCGCAGGAUCCUGCUCCUGGGAGAUUCGGCGCACCCUUUCCUCCCGACCAGCGCCCAAGGGGCUACACAGGCCAUGGAAGAUGGCACUACGCUUGCUAUAUGUCUCCGCAGGGCUGGAAAGGAGAAUGUUCAGGCAGCCCUCAAGACCCACGAGGAGAUCAGAUACGACCGUGUCAAGGCGGUGCAGAAGACGGGGGAGACUACUAGAGACAUGUGGCAUAAGACUGAUUGGAACAAGGUCCGAGAAGACCCCGAGAGCAUUGCAAUGCCUCGAGACGACUGGAUACAUUUCCAUGACGCAGAAACCCACGCAGAGACUGUCUUUGAUGAGAUCUUCAAGAGACACUCUGGACCAUCAGGAGAGAGAGGAGAGAACAACGCUGCGUUUGUUGAACACGUUGAGACUAUCCCGCCUGUCGUCACGACCUAG